CCUCCUCGACGAAGUCUUGCAGCGCCACCCGGCGACGCCGGCCGUGUGGCUCGCCCUGCUCCACCUCGCGUGCGGGCAGUCUGGCGCCGCCGCGCUCGCGGUGCGGCUCGCGCAGUCGCCCCCCCGCGCGGUGGCGGAGGCGAAGGUGCCAACCUCGGACGCGUCGCUGCUCUCCGAGUCCGCGCUGCUCCUGCAGGACGGCGGCCUGCUGCGGGCUCUGCUCCGCCGUUUGCCGCCCGGAGGCUCGCCGAGCCCACUCGGCGCGGCGGCGCUCAGCUCUCUGCGCGCGCUGCUCCGCUGCACCGACCACGGGGGCGCCAACGCCGCCGCGCUGGUGCGGGCGGGCGUCGGCCCAGUCAGGCUCCUCGAGGUGGCCCUCCCGGCGCCGCGCAGACAGGCGGCCCACGACGCGUUGGCUGCUGGCCCGGGGCCGCAGCCGCGCGGCGAGGCGGGCGAGAGGCGGAGGGAGAUCGGCGACAAGCUGGCGAGGAGGCUCUACGGCGACUCCGGCGCGACGCGAGCGAGUGGGCAGGCUGCGCGGCCUCCCCCCGCGCCGGCGGCGGUGCGCGCGUCCCUCUUGCCGCUGGUCUCGCUCGGAGAGGGCAGGGUGUUGCUGCUGCUGCGCGUCGGCAGCGCGGAGGCGUCGGCGCCGAGCGGCUCCCCGUCCCUCCGCUCCGGCGAGGGCGAGGUUGCGGAGGGCCCUGGCCGUGCGGGAUGCGAGGCCUCGCGGGACGGGAGCCCGCUCUC